GACCACGGAGGAGAGAAUAUAGAAGUGGGGCGAUUCAUGAUCGAAGUUAGAGGACCAAAUAGAGGGAGUUUUUUGACGGGGAAAUCUACCAGAAACACUCGUAUCGAAAGGAUGUGGGUUGAUGUGAAAAAGGAUGCCACUCAUCCUGUUAAGUUACUCUUUCAGGAACUUCAGAGCUCUGGUUUGUUGGACGUAGGCGAUGAAACAGACAUUUAUUGUCUCCAAGUCGUCUUUAUUCCUCUGCUGCAGGUCAUUUUAAAUGAGAUGAUGGUGGCUUGGAAUUGCCAUUCAAUGCGAACAGCAAAAGGGACUUCCCCCAAUAAGCAAUUUCUCCAAAGUCUCUUUAAAUUACAGCAGCAAGGAAGAGAAUUUACGGAACUCAAACAGGACAUUGAAAUGCCCAUUGGUUUUGUCGUGGAAGACGUUCUAAGGGAAAACCAAGUUCAUGUUCCAGAGAUUGACAUUCCGGAAUUGAGUGAUGCACAGAGGGAAAGGAUUUAUAGGCGUUACAGUGUGCCUAGUGACAGCACAUCAAAUCGUCUUGAAAUAGCAAGGACAAAUUACUUGCGUGCUCGCCGAUUCAUUCGUUUUUGUUUGGCUGCUGAGGGAAAUUGAAGGG